AUGGGCGUGAAGUGCUUCUUCGACAUCUCCAUUGGCGGUAAGCCAGCGGGUCGCAUCGUCUUUGCCCUGUUUGAUGACGUCCCAAAGACAGUAGAGAACUUCCGUGCACUGUGCACCGGUGAGAAGGGUUUCGGAUACAAGGGCUCGAAGUUUCACCGAAUUAUUCCCGGUUUUAUGUGCCAAGGUGGUGAUUUUACUGCCGGGAAUGGUACCGGUGGCAAGAGCAUAUACGGGAGCAAAUUUGAGGAUGAAAAUUUCAAUCACAAGCACAGCAAGCCGAUGAUGCUCUCGAUGGCGAAUGCGGGUAAGAACACCAAUGGCUCGCAAUUCUUCAUCACUACCGCCGUCACCAGCUGGCUUGAUGGGAAGCAUGUUGUCUUUGGUGAGGUAGAAAGUGGCGAAGAUGUUGUUAAGGAUAUGGAGGCCGUCGGUAGCAGUAGUGGCAAGACUUCCCAAGAAGUACUGAUUACUGACUGCGGUCAGCUGUAA